GAUGUAAUUCCUGCCGACGAAUGUUGCUCGUUACAUGUGCAAAAUGUAAUGAUCAUUUUUUGUAUUCCUGGGCAUUUCUGUGAUAAAUGGCCGGUUGUAUAGAUGUUAUAAUUUUUUUUAAAUCUUAAAAGCAAUGGUAAAUACGACUAAUUAAAUUAUAUAAUUGUAAGGUAUCAAUUUUAAAUACGGGACAUAACGUUUAACGUAAGAGUUAACAAUUUACUACUGCACAAUUUGUUUUUUUAAAAUGACAAUUGUUUCAAAACAAACUGACAUCUCAAAUCUCUUGUAUCAAAAACAGCCUCUAAUGUUCAUAGAGUGGAACGAUUAGUGUCUGUAUCUUUAUCGAAUUUAAGGUAUAUAAACAUGGUUUGACCGAACAAAAUAGUGAGAUAUCUUGUAUUUUUAUUUUGGUUGGAUAGUUAGGUUUCUUUUAAAUAUUAGUGAUGCGGCUACAAUAAAAUGCUUAAAAUAUAAUUUCCUUCAGAAAAUAUAAAUAUAGUUUAUGCGCUUGAUAACUUAAAAUGUGAUCAAGUCAGUAAUGGAAGGGGAGAGUGCUCUGACUUUGUUUCUCUCUACCUCUUUUGAAAUUGUUCUUUGCUUUUUUUUUUUUCUAUUGGAUAAACAAAACUGAAUGUCAACACUUGUGUUUUUUCUUAAAAAAUUCCAUUAAAAGAAUUAAAGAAUGUUCAAAAAAUCUACGCGAUAAAUUGAGACUUGCAUUUUUGUGUGUUUUGUAUAAAAACAAAAAAUAACAAAGAUCAAUUCGGGGAACACAAAAUAAAGGGAUGUUAGAUUUAGAAGAAAAGUUUGUGAAUAUUUUCUAUCAUACAUAUUUCAAUGCAUUCUCCGUUUUUAUUGAUUGAAAUUUAUAUCUAUUGUAAAAUUUGUUAGAAUUUAUGAAUUUUAACAAAUAAAAAAAUUAUAAAUAAAAUGUCUAAAAUAUCCUGAUUAAAACUAAGAAAUUAUCAUUAUACCUUAAACCUAAUUCUCUCCUCUCCCUCCUGCCUUGCCUUGUGAAGUGCGAACACGAUCCUGCUCUGAAACACACGAUUCAUCAGCUUGCAUCUCGCUCAGUCGCCCUCGCCCCCGCUUUGGUUGAUCCUUCUUCAAAACUCAAAAGAGAAGUUUCUGAGAAUGAAGAGUAGUAAAAGAAUUGAUUCUUUUUUGAAGAGGAAAAUUUGUGAGGGUGAAAGACAUGAAAAAAUUAUAACUUCUACGUCUGAAACUAUCUCCGAGAAUUCAAGAAUUGAAGAAAAUGAGAAUCAUCUUUUUAAGGUUGCUAGAGUUUUCGAAGAUAAAGUAUGUGAUAUACUUUCUCGACACAAUCUUGAUAUUUCUAACAUGCGUCAAGAGCAUGAUGAUGCUAGUAAUAUGAGAGGAGAAUGGAACAGUUUACAAGCUGUAUUUAUGAAAGAUUGUCCUUAUGCAUACUAUGUCCAUUGUUUUGCUCAUCGAUUGCAACUUGCUUUGGUUACUGCAUCAAGAGAAGUUGUUCCAAUUCAUAAAUUUUUUGAGAAGCUAACUUUUGUUGUUAAUGUUGUUUGUUCUUCUACUAAGCGUCAUGAAGAGUUACAAGCUCCUCAAUUAGAGGAAAUUGCACAUUUGCUAGAAAUUGAUGAGAUUGUAACCGGUAAAGGUAUAAAUCAAAUUGGUACUUUGAAACGAGCUAACGAUACUUGUUGGCGAUCACAUUUCUCUUCUAUUUGUAGCUUGAUAAAUAUGUAUGAGGCAAUUUGUAUUGUUUUAAAAAAAAUUACAAAUGAAAGAGGAAAUUAUUCUACACGUGGGGAUGCUGAUAGUGCUUAUAAUUAUUUGAAGUCGUUUGACUUUAUAUUUAUCUUGCAUUUGAUGAAAGAAAUUAUGGGGAUAACUGAUAUACUUUGUCAAGCCUUACAACAACAAUCUCAGGAUAUAGUUAAUGUCAUGUGUUUGGUUGAAACUACAAAGUCUCUUAUUCAAGCAUUGAAAGAAGAUGGUUGGGAUGCAUUAUUUACUGAAGUGAAGACUUUUUGUGAAAAACAUGAUAUUGAAAUUCCUGAUCUCAACGAUGUUCAUUCAACAACAAGAUUUGGACGCUCUCAUCUUCAACAAGGUCAAGUUACAAUAGAGCAUUAUUUUAGAGUUGAAAUAUUAUUUACUGCCAUUGAUCAACAAUUACAAGAGUUGAAUAACAGAUUUAGUGAGCAAGCAAUGAAUUUGUUAACUCUAAGUUGUGCUUUGACUCCUAAGGAUAAUUAUAAAGCUUUUAACAUUGAAAAAAUUUGCACUCUAGUUGAAAAAUAUUACCCUGGGGAUUUCAAUAUGCAAGAGAAGAUUAAUUUGAAAUUUCAACUCCAACAUUUCUUGGUUGAUGCUCGUCAAGAUUUAAAUUUCAAGAAUUUAUCAACUAUUCAAGAAUUGUGCUCAUGUUUGGUUGCAACUGAAAAGGCGCAAAAUUUCUAUUUGAUUGUUAGACUACUUCGUCUUAUCAUGACUCGUCUUAAGAAACAAGAUGGAAGCUGACUUUUUGGCAGAUAGCAUGACGAUAUAUAUUGAAAGGGAAUUUGCUGCAAGUAUUAGUUCUGAGUCUAUUAUUGAUAAUUUCAAGUUAAUUAAAGAGCGUAGAUCAUUACUUUAAGGUAUUCUUAAGUCAUGUAGUUAAAUUAUUUGAUAUUUCACUUUGUGUUUAUUAGAAUUUAAUUUUUUGCUAUAUAAUGUUAUUUGUAUAUUUAAUUUA